AUGAUGAAGCUAAAUCUCCUCGUCUUUUGCAUGGCAGCAACGACUGUCACGUCGACUCAUGCCGAUAUUCCCGAUGCUGCUGUCAUUGACAAGUACAUGGAAACUCUUUCCAUGGCAGGCAUUGCCGGCACAAGCAUUACUGACUCAUCCAACGACGAGAGACUCCUCCGUGGUUCGGGAGCCAAGGAACAAGGUAAAUGUCCUCCUGGACUCUCCACAGAUCUUAUCCAGUUUCCGCAGUGGAAGGAUGAAGUAGGGUAUUGGAUUGGGGAGUAUACGCUAUUGCAAGGCGAUGGCAACUACACCGUCAGUGCUAGCUGGCCGUAUCCUUACAAAUCCUAUACAGGCUUUAUCACUGGCACUGUGGUCGGUAACGCCUAUCGUCAACGCAACGUCUUUUUGUAUCCACCCUCGCAAGCAUCGCCAUGCGAUUCGGUAGUUGGUGAAGGCAAGUGCGGCGAAAAUGGAAACUCCUUAGUCUUUGCGGCCGAUCAAUCUGGAUGCAGCCUUGAUGGAGGUAUUGCGGGCUCCUUUUUAAUUGGCAACUUUCCCAUUGAUACCACCACGGAACUCGUUGGUGCGGACAAUGCCUUGCUGUAUCAAGUCUCGAUUGCUGGCACUCUCACACAAAGUCAAUUGACGACCAUCACCAAGGGAACUGAUGGCACGACUCGUCGUACCCGAACCGCACAAUCCUUUGGAUUUGGAACGGGAUUGCCUGCUGGAACCUCUUACUAUCGAGAAGUCAAUGUCAGCAAGGAAGAGUUUUACGAACGAUUGGAGCAAGUAAUUGCCGAAUAUGGUAUUUUGGAAGCGGAUUUGUGUGUGCGAGAUGGAUUCACUCGGGCUCCCCGUCCUGACUAUGUCCCUGGUAUUGCUCAAUGUAAGCAGCACUUGGAACAAAGCUUUGAGCUUUAA